AUGCUCCUUGAUCUCAUUGUCAUGAUUCUCCCGCUGAACCAGCUUUACAAGCUCCAGCUUUCCAUCAAGAAGAAGGCUUUUGUCAUGUGCAUGUUUAGCUUGGGUAUCUUUGUCACUGUCGUGAGUAUUCUGCGCCUGGAUUCACUUAUCAACUUUGCUUCCACCGAUAAUGUGACGUGGGACUACGUCACAGUUGGAUACUGGAGUACGGUUGAGUGCCAUGUAGGCGUCAUAUGUGCCUGUUUACCCGCCAUUCGAUCCUUGCUACGCACAACGGCACCGAAGCUGUUUGGCGAUACAAGCGUCAAUAAAUCCUCCGGAAUGAACUCGACAUCUCGGGGGACAGGAUCUCGAUUGGAGGGGGCGUUCCAUGUGAGGAGCAAGCAUGAUGACCAAGAUUUUCUACCGCUAGUAGACAUGGACCACUCCAGUCAGAUUGAGCUGCACCCGAAAGGGUAG